UGUCUCAGAAACCCAGGGCCCACAAUCACAAAUCCCCCAGCACCUUGCCCAAUCUUGAAUCACGCUCCCCCCAGACCACAGCACGCUGGGCCAGCCCAGGGAACGGGGUGCAGUCAUGCUUGCUUCUAUCUUACUGAGCCGAGCAGCAUUUCCUGGGCCCCAGGCUUCAUUAGCACGUUGGUGGUGUUGCUUCCUGUAGCUGACUCUCUGUUUCCAUUCUGGCAAAGUGUUUGCUCUCUUCUCUCUGCUUUGGGGGUUGGGGGAAGAUGAGCUUCUCACAGAGCCUGUCUUUGCCUUCUUGGCAGUUUGCCCCUUGGCGCCCCUCACAUCCCCUCUACAAAGAGACCCUGGCUUCUCCCUGAGCCGCGCUGUGGAGCACCACACCCGGAGGAGCUCUCCCCUCCUGCAGUCAGCACCGCAGCCACAUCCAGGUAGAGCCAAACCUGUUGUUUUGUAUUUUGGGUCAAGUCAGCAUGACAUUUCAGGGAGAGAUGCAAGGUAGGGAAUUGAUUUGGGGGUAGAAAGUUCUAGAGAGAAAGGUUAGUAGCUUUAGAAAGGAAAAAAAUAAAAACCAAUAGACUUUUUUGUGAGGGAUUUUGGUAAAUAAAGAUUUAAGAAGACGAAUUUUGAGAGUAAAAAGUUGUAUGUUAGGGAAUGUUCCAAAAACACAGAGACCAGGAGGAUUUCUGUCCUUCUUAUCUACCAAAAAAAAAAAAAAGUGGUUAUACCGCACACGAUUUCAUGUAAAACACAAACCAGUUCUGCCUUUUCUCCUGGGAGUCAGCAAUUUAGAAAGAGCCAGGAAAAGUGGCAGACAGGCUGACAAGCUGAUGACAAUUAAGAGAAGGCUUAGAAGGAGAAGCUGAAGCCAAAGAGAGUCCUGGGAUGAUGGAUGUCACCACGCCGACCGGCUCGGAAGUCAGACGGAGGACCUCACAGCCCAGCACUCUGAGCAGCCCGGACAGAACUAAAGCCCACAACAACAGCAUCCUUUAUGCAUUUGCGGGACUCCUUGCCAUCCUCCUGGUUGUGGCAGUUUUCUGCAUCCUGUGGAACUGGAAUAAACGGAAGAAGCGGCAAGUUCCUUACCUCCGAGUUACCAUCAUGCCCUUGCUGACUCUGCCUCGACCCAGACAACGAGCCAAAAAUAUUUAUGACCUCUUGCCCCGAAGACAAGAAGAGCUGGGAAGACAUCCGCCAAGGAGUAUGCGUAUUUUCAGUACUGAGAGCCUCCUGUCCAGAAAUUCUGACAGCCCUCCCUCUGAGUAUGUGCCCUCCCAAGCAGGUGGUGCUCUCCAUGUGCACAGAGCCCAUACUCAUACCAUGGGGUAUGCAGUGGGCAUCUAUGACAAUGCCGUGGAGCACCAGAUAUGUGGCAGCCUCAAUCCCUCAGCGCACUAUGCAAAUGUCAGAGCUUCAAGAGACUGCUCGAGCACUUCUUCAGAGGAUUCAAGAGAUUAUGUCAAUAUCCCAACAGCAAAGGAGAUUGCUGAGACUUUAGCUUCUACCAACAGCCCUCCUGGAAACCUCUUCAUCCUCCCAAGUACCGAGGAGCUGGAGUUGACUGAAGAAAUACAUGAGGGCUGUGGGAACACCAGUGACUGCACCAGUUUGGGGUCUUCAGGAACUGAGAACAGUGAUCCACUCAGUGAUGGGGAAGGGUCUUCUCAGACCUCAAAUGACUAUGUCAACAUGGCAGUGUUGGAUCUUGGGACCAUCCAAGGGAAGCAGCCCUGGGGAACUUUUCAGUGCUGCAGAGAUUAUGAAAAUGUACCACCAGAUCUCAGUGGAAACCAGCAGCAGGAGGAGGAGGAAGUGACAUCCUCAAACACAGACCAUGUAGAGGGUGGGAGAGAUGGUCCAGAGACCCACAUCCAACCUGUCAUGCAGUCAGGGAAUUUCUUGACUGUGAAGGAUUAUGUGGCCUAUCAGUCAUCUGCACAGAGUGAGAACAGUCAGAUGAAAUGUGGAGAAGAGAUGUCACAUGAGGACUCUCAUGACUAUGAGAACGUGUGAGCUGCCAAGGUAGGAGGUAGGGACUUUGAGAAGGGACCUGACACACGGCUCCUUCCUAAUGAAUUCAGACCCAGCCACCCAGCUGGAAAGCUACAUGGAGUGGUCUAUCCUGUCGGAUCCAUAGCCACUACAGGGUCUAGUGAAGACCCUUGACCACCCUUCUAUUUCAGUGGAUUCAUUUGGUUAGGCUAAAAAAGAAGCUGAAAUAAGUAGGGAGCUAAGAGGCUCACAAAGGCCUGAGAAAGCCAGAAAGGAAGUCUUCUCAGGCAGGGUGCUGUUAUCUCUCAUAUCAGCUUAAGAACGUUUGCUGAAACUGCCUUAUAGGACUGUUAGGAGGUUAAAAAUGGAAGAGUGCUUUAGUGCACAGUGGAAACAUGAAGUAGUCUAAAAUCAUUACCUUCACUAAUACCAGCAGGCUGCAAAGCAGAAAUACAGAUUAUUUGGUAAUCCAGGCAGAGGCCAAAAGGAACAAGAAGUUGGGGUGAGGUGGGGGGACAGUUUCUGCUCUAAAAUGAGUGUGGACAACCAAACGCUGGAGAAAAUGCAGAGCAAUAAGAACUCUCACUCAUUGCUGAAGGGAUUGCAAGGCGUAACAUUCACUCUGAAAAGUUGUUUGGCAGUUUCUUAUAAACAUACACUUAUUAUACAACCCAGUCAUUCCACUAUUAGGUGUUUAUCCAAGUGUGAAAUUUGUGUUCACAAAAAAACAAAAAACAAAAAAACAAAACCAUACAUGACUGCUUAUAUUAGCUUUAUUCAUAAUUGCCAAAACCUAGAAAUAACCAAAUGUCUUUUAACAGGUAGAUGGAUAAACAAGCUGUCCUAUAUCCACACAAUGAAUUUAUCCACACUCAACAGUAAAAAGGAGUGAAAUAUUGGUUCAUGCAACAACAUGGAAAAAUACUAAACACAUUUUGCUAAGCGAAAGAAGCUAGACCUAAAAAUCUGCAUAUUGUACGGUUCCAUUUAUAUGACAUUCUGAAAAAGCCAAAAUUGUAGGGAUGGAAGACAGAUCAGUGGUUGGCAGUUUUGGGGAGAGGGAAGUGGUAAAAGGAAAUUUUUAGGAUAAUGGUUCUGUGUAAUACUAUGGUGACGGAUACAUGACUGUAAGCAUUUGUCAAAACAAACACAAAAACUGUAUAGAACGAAGUCACUUUUAUUGUAUACAAAUUUUUUAAAAAUUCACCAGGCUGUCAGGGGAAGCCACAAUAAAAUGCAGAUUGUAAAAAAUGAAUCUGUUUUACAAAUGUGUGACAUAAUCUCAUUGAAGGGAGU